UAUAAGAGAGGGCUUGUACCUGAGCACAUAUAAUCCAGGUUAAACAUAAGGCAGGAAAGUAAUAGCAGUACUUUUAGUAAGUGUGUGCAAAUUACAGCGAAGCCUAUUGUUCGUUCAUGGCUGCACAAUGUUACUAUGCACACAGAGUUCACGAAAACAAAUGUCGACCAUAAUAUAUCUCAGACUACAUCCUGAAAACAAAUACAAUGUACUUGGAUACAAAUGAAAUUGUUAGAAAGAGGUGACAUGUCACACAAUGCGUUUGUAUAUAUUUUACCGAUUAACUCGCUCCACAUUUCCCUGCAAAAAAAAAGCUAGCUCCACAUGAGCUUGGAUACACUGGCUUCCGCUGGUCCACUGCAGCCACCUUUUUUUAUGAGAAAAAAAUUAGAGACAACUUCGGAUAGAUUUUCCCUGCUAAUUAUCAUAUGCAUUUUUUCUCAAGUUCAUUUAGGAUCCGGCUAACAUUCUGUACCCAGGACUAUCAGCAACCAACCUUUUGUGCCCUUGUUCACAACGUGCUAGCCAUAAAGAUGACAAAGCCCUUGUUCUUGCUGCUGCAAACACUCCGUUGCUAUUGGAUUGGGUAGAGAACAUCUGUCACUUAUUCAUGUGCCCGAUCUUAAAGCCACGCAAUGCAUGUUCAAGGUCAAUCUCGGCGGCACCCCUCACAGCCUUAGGGAAACCAAUUUCGAGAGCUUGGCUGCAAAGGAAUUGAGAGUUGGGUCCUCACAUCGACCUGAUCCUUUCGUGCAUCAAUUCUUUUUGAUGCAGGAGAGAUUUCGUGGUUACCUGGUGAUUGUAGGAGGCAAGGCGGCGGGAGCCGGUACAAGUGACAGUGCCAUCACCCUCUUGAGUCGGGGUGACGGAGAAUGCAUCAAGUCGCCAUGGAGGAAGCUUCAGGAAAGGUCACGUGGAAGGAUCGAGCAGGGGUCUAAGGCGACAUAUGCUGUUAGGACGGUAAUGCUGGAAGUAAUUUUUGGUGGAAGUAAUGGUGGUUGAUGAUGGCAAUAAGGGUAGGGG